AUGGACUUUUCCGCGCUGGACUUCUUGUUUGCACCACCACUGGCUUCCGACAGCAUCACGGUGGCUGAGAGGCUGGAAUAUCUGGCCUACUUUACGAGCGCCAAUGGUAUGGCUACGUUUCUGGAUCGCGAGACGCUCAAGCAGCGGCAGGAGCUCCUCAAGGGGGCUGACCAACACCCGCACGAAAGAGCAUACGAAGAAUUGCAUGGUGCAGACUUGCUGCCGGAAACUAUCGACCCCUCACUUAUCGACCUGUCAUCCAGUAACGGAGAUAUCCUCAUUCACAAGGCCCGCGAGAUUACUGAACAUCUCCGCCGAACCAUCACCACAAAGUCAGACAAAACCAUCAUCAAACUGGACUGGUCCCCUGCCGUCCAACAAUCCUGCGCCGCCUUUUUCUCAGCUAGCAACAUCCGCCGCUUCCUGGAAUAUUUCUGGUCAUUGUGGUACCCCAGCUGUCCCAUCGUGCACCGCCCGUCGUUCGAUCCGGAGACGGCACGGACCGCUCUGCUGUGUGUUAUGGUGAUUAUUGGGGCAUGUCUGUCGCCGCAUGAGGAAGAAAACGAAGCGGCCAAGAUGUGGUUGGACAGCGUUGAAGAAAUGACAUUCGGCGAUGAGUAUUUUAUGGAGAGAGAGACAUCAGAUACGUCGACGGGUCCACUACACAAGAACGCCGAAGGGAUGAAGAAGCGCGUCGAAUGUAUCCAGGCUGCGUAUCUUGUCUGCUCACUGCAGAAGAGGGAGGGCUCUGUGGAGGCGCAGGGGCGGAUGAGGAGGCACCGUCAUGCGACGCUGGUCGUGCUGGCGAGAGACAUCGGGCUUGAAUCGGCCACGCAUCGCAACUUACGGCUGGAGAGCCCGUCCAAGCCGUGGUGGAGGCAGUUCGUCAUUGAGGAGGAAUUGAUCCGGACUCUGACGUAUGUAUUCUUGAUUGAUGCCGCCAUGGCGAUCUUCCACCACACUCCGCCACGCAUGGUGGUUUCGGAGCUCAAAAUGGACAUGGCCUGUCACGAGGUUUGCUUCCAGGCAAACACGGCUACAGAGUGCUUUUACUCAUUCAGGGAGUGGGAACGGUGUAUCUUCUGGUCUGAGAGACUGUCCGUCGCUGGUGUCGUACGGCGGAUAUGCCAGAGAGAGCUGGAUGACCGCUCUGUUCUCGAGUUCUCAAAGAUGGGAACGCUGAAUCUGUUUACGACUAUACAAGCUGUGCAUUCCUUGACAUUUUACCUGCAAAACUCCUUGGUCUUCGAGUCGACCCUCGCCCCGAUCCAAACUGGUUUGGACAACUGGCGUCGAAUAUGGAACGCACGACAACCCGAGGAUAAGGACGUUCCCGACCAACCACAGGCCAUCUGGAAGAAGAUCGGCUUUGUGAGGUAUGCACCUGAAUUCUGGCAGUUGGCUCGCAUCGUCGUUGCCCGAACCAUCGCCAGCGAUAGCGAUGAACAAUGUCUUCUGCCAUCAGCGCGGGGACUCUCUCGCUUCGAUCAUAGUGAUAUGAGGGAUAUUAAUGGAUUGAUCAUGGAGUACCGGCAACUGAACUUGGGAGUUACGCCGUGA